CUCAGUCGACACUGCUGAGAUAAACGGGCGUCUGGAGGGGGUGAAGGGCAUCCAGGGAUUUCCUCUGACAUCUAGCCCCCUGAUAAACCUCUAACUAGACUCUGCUUUAUGGACCCACAAGGUCCGUUUCUUCAGCUCUCAGCCUGUCCACAGCUUUAAAAGCGUCCUGUUCACGACAGCGCAGAAGAUGGCCAUGACACUGCAUGAAUUCACUCUGUCUGUGGAUCCUAAAACUCUACCCAGAGUGCUACAGAUCCAGUCCGGAGUCUACUAUCAAGGCUGUGUUUAUGAGAUGUUUGGAAGAGAGUGUUCUCUUUCAACGGGAGAUCUGCUGAAAAUCUUUGAAACCACCAUCACUAGAUUCACAGCACGAAGCUCCAACAACACGGAGAUCGAAAUACCAUUAGAAUAUCCAGGUUUGUUCAAAUUAGUGGCUGACAGUCAGCCAUAUCGAAGCAUACAAGAAGUGGCUGACUCACUGAAGAUCAGCUCUCACAGGCUGGGCCAGCCCGUGUUCCUCACCUGUUCUGAGAUCCAGCUCGCGCAGGGAGUCUUACGAAAGGGAGAGAGCUUCAGAAUCACUGAUGUCACCCAUGAGCUCAACGACGGCCGUGUGGACUGUGAGCUGUUGCACAGAGAGCCAAAGUUCUGCUUUAGCUUGAGCUUCUCACAGGAAGGCCACUUCAGGGAGUGUGAGGACGACCAGUUUUACACUCUGAAAGAAAUAGCAGAGUGGAAAAUCUCCAGAGGCAGGAAAAGGACAGUUACUGAAGUCAAAGCUCUGCUCAAGAAAGACUUCUUAUUAUCGAGUUUGUUGGAGAAUGUGUUCGGAGAGUUGAUGCUGACUCCCAUGUAUGAGCUGAAGGCAGUUUCAAAGCUUAGCGAAAAGGUUUUGCUGAUCCCGUCACAUUUAGACGUGGAGGUGGUGGAUGUCACAGAAAACUUCGAUAGCGACUAUUUUGCUCAGCCUCUCUCGCUUCCAGAUGUUUUUAAGAGGUCUGCAGAGUUUUUUCCUGUGGUGGCCGAGUUGUCAUGUGAAAGCUCUUUCAAGCUUUCCCCAGACCUGGAGUCCUUCAUCCAUUCGAAACAGGUGAUCAUCCAUCAUGCUUAUAGUGCAAAACGAAUACUGGCCUCAGAAAUGUGUAGCGAAGCUCCGAGACACUUUCUCAUUCCAGAGUCCUACAAUGGACGCUUCAAGCGUCGGCCACGGCAGUUCCCCACCGCCUACGAUCUGGAACGGGCACGCAGUGAGACAGAGGAGUUACGCGUGGUGGCCACCAGGGACUUUGACUCAACAUAUAACGGGCUUGCCUCUGUUCACGCUGGAGAUCAGUUUUUAGUGACAAAAGGCAAAAGCUGUGUGGUUUCACACAAUGGGACAGAGAAGGCAGCAGAUGCUUUCGACUGUCUGAAGGUAACGGGCGUGAAGGAGUCUGUGCGCCUCCCUUUGUGUAUGGAGGGUGGAUUCAUGGAGCUUGUGAGUGACAAGCGUCAAUACACCAUUGCUGAGAUAUGCCGAUGGUUCCCACUGCCCUUCAACGUCAAGGUGUCUGUUCGUGACCUCUCUUUGAAGGUUGACAUUUUGGCCGGAGUGCCUGGCUUGCACAUCGAGGAGGAGAUCUCUGACCCCUGCCUCCUCAUUUCAACCUUUGAUCUCUCAGAGUCGAGGGAGGUGCCAGUGAAUCGUACGGACUUGAUCCUUAACAUCAAAGAGCACUGGACGGGCGAGAGUCCAGCGUGUAGUGGAACUUCGGCUCUAGAGGAGAUCUCCGAGGACUGUUACUACACUCUGAGGAGAUAUGCUGUCGCUAUGGUGACACCCCCUCCAAGACCUCCAAAAAAACCCAAAGAUCCUCCUCCACGGCCCCCCAAGAUGAUGCCAUCCAGAUCUCAGAGUGCCACCUCUGAAAACUCCAGUUGCUCUCCAAAGAGUCUCCAUGUUGAACCUUUUAAGCGCGAUGACUCCAUAAAUUGCAGUGACUUAAAAAGUGGAAAUGGCAAAAAGAUUCCCAUCAGUCCAGUCACCUUACCUAAACCUGUCCUGCACAAAGCUCUUGGCCGAAGUCUGGACAACGUAUCCACAGAGACAAAUGAAGGCGAUGAUGAUGUGCAUGAUUAUGAAUACAUAGAUGAAGUUCAGCUUGACAACAUAAGGAGGACAUCCCAAGAGAAUCCGAUUACCACAGGUGUGAAGGGAAAACCAAGCAACACAAUAUAAGUACACU